ACACACACACCCCCAGCCUGCCCGUUCCAUUGUUGUCGACACCCACCGCCACCGCCACUGCCCACCAUGGACGCCGGUAAAGACAACGCUAAUCCGACCAUCAUCAAUCCCAACGACUUGCCGUCCCGCCGCCGUCGCUCUACGCCUUCGACGGCGAAGCCUCGAGGAAUAUUCGAUGCCUUAGUGCCGCAGUAUCCAGACGUGCUGGGGCCGUCCACGGCAUCUCCCGAAGAGCUCUCCGGUGUAUCAGACAGCGCCUCCUCCGACGACGGGGCCGAGCGCGAGGAGAUCGACGAGCAAGAAGUCUAUGACCUAAUCUCCACCAUCACUGACCCCGAACAUCCACUGUCAUUGGGCUCACUGGGCGUCGUGAACCUGGACGACAUCAGGAUCAUCCCACCAACCUCUCCACGAUCUCGCAUUAGUUCCGUGCAGGUACUGAUUACGCCUACCACUUCGGCCUGUUCCUUGACCACAGUGAUUGGACUCGGUGUCAAGGUCAGGCUUAUGAAUGCGCUGCCGGCACGUUUCCGCGUGGACGUGCGUAUCAAGGAGGGCACGUCCUCGUCUGCAGACGAAGCGAACAAACAACUAGGCGAUAAGGAACGAGUCGCCGCUGCCAUGGAGAACCGGAAUUUGAUCAACAUGGUCAAUCACAUGUUAUCGUCGUGCGAGUAAAAAUAUCAUCAGAUUACACCAACAUUUUACUCGAUGCGUUCCUGCAUAAGAUGCAACGGCGCGGGGAUAGAGGAUGCUCCCAUUAUGCACAUCGGCCUCGCCACACCCGACGACCUACAUGAAACUAGAUUAUAGCAUAGAGAGGACACUGCGUCCGUCACACAGACAGGCGAAUACGAUCGAAGCAGUGCCGAGUUCUCCACCUGACUAUAGACUAGGAAGAUAAUCUUAUCCUGGCUUUACGGUCGCGUCCGAUGAAUGCCAAUUUUUUUUGCAAGUCAACUCGGCAGUCGUGAGCGACCGAGGCGUUCACAUGCAAACAACGGUCAAUCAGCCUCUUUGGGCAACGAGUCACAGACGGCCGCACCAUCCCAGGAGCGCUUGGACGUUUCCAGGCAAACAUUAGCCGUUAAACACGUGAAGCACGAGGCAUCACAAAAACCCUUCGCUUAGAUGGGGUGAAGCAUGGUUGACAAGGAACAUGAUUUGCAACAAAGGACAUGACGUUCAGUUAAGGUUCAUGGUAAUGGCUCGCGAAGCGGCUGUAUACAGGUAGUGCUGUAGUAGUGACGUUGUUGGACCAUGCAAACCAUGCGCUGACCAUCGCAAUGACUCGUACAGACUACAUGAACCGUCGCCUCGCCUUUGGCCUUAACCUCCUGCCAUUUCCAGUCUGAAACAUUGGCAGGACACGCACAAACUUAAUCCGUAAUGCCUAUGCUUGGCGCCUGCCCGGUCUAGCAAAGAUGCUCAAUCUGUUAAUCUAUUGUGUACCGUAGAACUUCAAGCUCCCACACGGUGUCCUGAACCUUACUCGCCUAUGCAUGCGCUGGAACGCUACAAUUCUGAAGCAUGAAAUCUCUCACUGGCGCGGUGGCAGUGGUGCUGUUGUUGACGAAGUACUGCUUUCACCUUCGUUCCGGGUUUCUGGUAGCGGAGCAUGAUAGUUUUGGUCCGCCAUGGCCUUACUCGCGCCCUCGGGAGGAGCGUAGGCAGGCGGAGCAUCGCCAUGAUACGCAGGUGGCGGAGGAGCAUACCUGUGCAUCACAUAACCUUCUUGAUAUGGAUCGGGGCCGUGCUGGUAUGGGCGGUACGGUGCUGCUUGGUGCUGGGGUUGCUGGUAGCGUACGGUGCGAUUCACCAUCCAUCUGUGGUAUGCGAGAGGAGGUUGUCCCUUGCUCAGACGAUGACGGGCGUGCCAAUAGCCUCCGAGGAAGUAGAGGAGAAUGGCAGCGAAGAUGACGCAGAUCACGGCGUACCGAACGGCCAUGCCAGUAUCACUCCACCACCAACUCUCGUGGUCACCGUAAUCGGGCCACAGAAGAUUGUCAUCAUCAUUAUCAUCACCGGCAUCGCUGUUGGUGUUCUGUCUCUUCCACAGCUGAUCCACAGCUCUCGCCAUGGCCAUUGCUGGUGUCGUGGUGUCUAUCUUGAAUCCUCCUUCCUCCUCAGGCCAGAGCCGAUGCCCGCAGGACGUUGGAUGGUACAAUCAACAAGCCCUCGGCCGUCACUAAGCGCUGGGAUGUCCUACGGUGCUGAUCAAUGCAGACUACUGCAUGCAAGUGGUGCGCAAUCCCCUUCUGUCUAACCAGGUCAACUUGUCGCGAGCUCUGGUCGCAGGUCUGCGAGUUCGAUGGAGCUUCGGUAGGGAGAGAUCGAUAAGAUGCCCGGAUGCGUCAGGUGAGAGCAGUAGGUUGGGCAGGCAACAACCAACCAGUAGCGGCGGGUGGACGACUACUGCGGCGAUGUCGUCGAUGCGGCGGCGGGCGAAGGUUCAGAGGUACAGGUAUGCAUUCGUGUGUACGAGUGGAGAUAAAAAAACACGAUGGUGUGG